AUGUCCGAUUUACAACAAGUAUGGAGGAAAAAAUUGAAAAAAAAACGCUUGGUUUUCCUAUGUUCUUCAGUGGCGAGCUCUCUGCGGAUACUACACGGUGGCGACUGCCUACAUGAAAGACAGUAAUGCACGGAUUACUGUAUUCGCUCCGGUCGACGACGUCUUCACAUACAAUCCAGAUAUCCGGGCCCUCGAUCAGAAAGAAACGCUUUCUCACAUCGGUACCUCAUUUCGAAUAUUCCAGAACUUUCCCGUUUUCAGUGGACUCGCAAGUGGUCGAUUUGACGAUGAAUAAGUUGUGGGAUAAACAAACUCUCAUCCGUUCCACCAUCAAUUCCGGAUACAUUUAUAUUACGCAGUUUGAGAAUAAUCCGGGAAACUUUGUGAGAAAUUGAAUCUUUAGCUGGAUUUGAAAUUAAAAUUGAACAUUUUCCUUUUCAGUCUUACUUUGCAAACGCCGGAAUGCUCUGCAAUCACGCGUCCAAUCAGUGGGGAAUCAUUUCAGGAGAACAGUACCUCUUCAAAGUAAAAAUCUGACGAAAAUUCCGAAAUUUCCGCUUGACUAUUCAGAUCUGCACCCCAAUCGGCCAUCGUCCUUAUCCGGGAACUGCUCUUUCGUUCAUCCGAGAGCACGAUAUGACCGUUUUCGAAGAGAGACAAUAUAACAAUCGGGAUCUAUCGUGAGUCUUUCCGUUUGGGCAACUGCGCUCUAUCGCACUUUUCUACGUUUCAGUCAAAUCCGAGACAUUCUCGACCGAACCCCCGACAUUGCCCUCGUCAUUUAUGGAUCUUCCGCUUGGAACGGCUUCCACACAUUCUUUAUUCCGAACGACGCCGCCUUCGCGAGAGUCGUCGAUCGUAAUCGAGUGGACCGAGAAGUCCUGCUGGCUCACGUGACGAGCACAAACCGAGUGCUCUUCACGUGGCCGUGGCUCUACGAUGGAGGACAGCACUAUUAUCCGUCGGUCAGAUUCUCGGCGAACAUCAUCGAGGAUAACUUCAAACUGAAACUCGUGAUGAGAAAUAUCACUGACAGAAGGACGGGACGAUAUGAUUGUAAGAGAUUGCCCAUAGAGCAGACUUGCUAAAAACACUUUAUUCAGUGUACGCCGUCUCGGAAGUGUACGAAAGGUACUCUCAAUUCAGAAGAGGAGCCGUUUGGGCGAAGAUCCUCGUGCCGAACAUUCCGACGCAAAACGGAGUCGUUCAUAUUGUCGACAAUGUGUUGGGAAUCGUUUCGGAGACCAUCGAUAUGAUGAUCUACCGAAAUGACAAGUGCACGACGCUCAUGAGAUACAUCAACACCAUCGGUAAUCAGAGAAAGUAAGGAUCAGCCGAUUUGAUGUCAGUGCUCUUUCAGGCCAAAUCGUCCGCAACUACUUUUCUGCGACGGGCGGUCUCGUCACUUUCUUCGCCCCGUGGAACGAGGCGUUCGAUCGGAUCCCGGAGCAAAUUGAACGCCGUCUGCUGCGCGAUCGCAUCUGGCUCGAGCAGAUUCUGAAGUUGCACAUUGUGCCGGCCAAGGAACUGACUUCCGACGAGAUCACCAACGAAACAAUUGUGAAUACGAUUGACAACAUGCGACAAUUGUACUUUAUCAAGGGAGAAUGGCCCGCCAAUAACGUCAGUAAGUGAAGGACAACAUUUUUGCGGUGGGCAAACCUAGCAAACCUUUUCUCAGCUUACUACGUCAUCGGCGGAGGCAUCAAAACGGCGAUAAUGAUGGACAACGUGGCGGCGACCAACGGAAUCGUCCACUACAUUGAACGCGUUCUCGGAGUGCCGUACCAGACUUUGUGGGAGAUUAUGAGGAAUGAAAGUCGGCUACAGUAAGAUGAAAAUCAGUAGGCGUGCCCUAACUUUCCCUUCCUUCAGACAAUCGUUCCACAUGAUGGAAAACCUGCAGCUCCGCUACUCGAUGGAUCCGUGGCAAGUGCUGACUCCCGAGCAGAACUUCACCUUCUUCGUGCCGACGAACGAGGCGUGGUACAAGCAGCCGCAGUCUCUCGUAGCCAGAAUGAACGACGGAAACCACUGGCAAGCACUUCAGUACGUGUACAAACGGCACAUUCUGCAGGGACAGGUAAUGUCUAGAAGCACUUCCAGCUGGAACUGUUCCAAAGUUCAGGCUCUGAUGUACACGGAUCUUCGGGAAAGAACGUACGUGAUGAUGAACGACGAGAAAGUGGUUAUAACGAGAAGAGGAAGAUGUAAGAGACUUCCGAAGAGUUUGCAGCAACAAAAAAUGAGUUUUCAGUUUUCGAGCUCUAUUGGCCACGUGGCAACCGGCGUGCGCAGGUCAUCGAGGGCGGAGAGAUUGCCGGAAUAAACGGAUACAUGCACAUGAUCGACAACGUGCUCAUCUACGAACCGGAUCUUCGGGCGCAGGCGUGCACAACCGAGCCCGUCUUCCUUCAGCUCUUCCUCGUUUCUCUCGUCAUGGUCUGGCGGCCCGGAUGGGUUUCUCACUUUUACACUGUCUUUUUCUAUAGAUAA